AUGCGCUCCGUCCUGGCCCUCUUCGCCCUUCUGGCCCUCGCUGCCGUCGCCCAGGCCUCGCUCAUCCCGAGCUCGCCUGUCCUCACCUCCAAGGCCCUCCAGCGCCCCGCCGCCGACCCCGAAUGGUGCCCUACCUGCGUGUCCUUCAUGGAUCAGUCGAUCGAUCAGCUGCUGAACAUCAUCGCCAACGGCGGCGUGCUGGGUGGAUGCAACACCCUGUGCGGCUACCUGAACCAGCAGCUCGAGGAGGUCGUGUGCAACCUGCUCUGUGACUACGUCGGCAUCCAGGCCUUCAUCAAGCUCGUCGACACCAUCGACCCCGACAGCAUCUACAUCUGCGAGGAGCUCACCGUGUGCCCCAUCAGCCGCAACGCCAGCGCCUCCUUCAAGCAGCUCAGCGUGAGCCCCUCGCGCGGCUCGCAGGGCACCACCUUCGUCGUCGAGGCCCUCUUCCAGGUCAACAACACCAUCGGCACCGGCGAGCUCGACGUCGUCGGCGGCACCCUCCUCGUCAACGUCAAGCCCGGCGUGUACGGCGCCAAGUUCGAGGUCCAGACCCAGCCCUCCGAGCAGGAGCCCUUCUCGCCCGGCCAGUACAUCGUCCAGGCCGCCGUGUGCGAGGGUACCUGCGGCUCGUCGCACCCCUACACCAAGACCCUCACCAAGGCCCAGACCUCGUUCUACAUCACCCAGUAA